CGAUUGUGUCAUCAGAUUUUGUUGUUGGUUUUUCAUACAUCAUAUGCGGACGACAACUACAGAUCCAGGACCAGAUUAAACCCAGAUGUAUUUUACAAGCAUUCUGUCAUAAUAUCUCAACAAUAUGUUCGGAAGAGGGAAGAAAAGCAGCGGUCCACCAAAGUCUGAUCAAGUUCGAAAGCCACAGGCUACUGACAUGUUUGGCAUGCCUGACCUUUCAGCCUAUGCUGUCAAAGAGGAGUUUGAUGUGUCCAACGAGGCAUUGGAAGCCGAACUAGCUGCCCUGCUUGAAGAGGAAGACGAUGCCCCAAAGAUGACCAGACAACGUAGACCAGCUCCUGCCCAGCCAACCAAGUCGGCUGAUCCCAUGAGGCAGAUUGAUGCAAUGGCCGCAGAAGCCCUGAGGGACACUGACGAUGCUCUUGAUGAUGAUGAUGAUGAUGAGGAUGAGGAUCUUCUUCUGGCGGAGCUUGCCGAUAUCACACAGGAGUCGUCAGAGACCCUCACCCCUCCCAGCACCCAACAGAAAAGGACCCCUAGUCCUACUCCUAGCCCAAAGAUGACAACUAGACCUACUCCACAGCCUAGCCCUGCUUCACAGUCUGCUCCAGCCCCAGGGCUUAGGCCAGGUCCCUCUAAUGUCAAUCGGAGUCCUUCACCAGCUCGGAAAGCAGCUCCUAGUCCUGUAGCUCCAAGUCCCGCCCAAACACAGGAACCAUCUGAGCCAGCAGACAUCAACACUGUGCUCCAGCAGCGUGCACAGUCUUAUCAGCAGGCCAUCGCUGCCGCUGAGGCAGCGGGUGAGAGUUCAAAGGUCAGGAGGUACAAGCGUCAGCUCAAGACGCUACAAGAUAUGCUGAGGAAGAUAAAGCUGGGUAAACCCAUCGAUAAGGACGAGAUUCCCCCGGAGGUUUGUGUACCCAAACCAGCUGCAGAUCAGCAACCUCCUCCCCAGGAGAAGCAGCCAGUGCCUGAAGCAGCUCCAGUAGCAGCAGUGUCUCAACCAAUCUCUUCCCCAGCAGUGCAACCAGAGCAACCAGACACUGCCCAAAGCGAGAGUGCAGAUGCUGAUCAGCUGAAGUUGAUAGGUGUGAGGAGAGACCAGUACAAAAUGGCCGCCCUACUUGCCAAGCGAUCAGGUGACAUGAAGACUGCCGCAGAACAUCUCAAGGUUUCCAAGCAAUUUGAUCUAGUUAUCAAAGCCUUAGAAGCAGGUCAGCAGGUUGACCUCAGUGAGAUGCCUGGUCCUCCUUCCCAACCAGCACCAGCAGCUCCUCAGCCAGCUCCAGUUCCACAACCUAGGGCUACUGCUCCAACAGCUCCUGGUCCUUCAACUGCUCCCGGACCAGGACCAUCAACAAGCUCCGAGGAGGAGCCACCUACUCCCAAGACGGAUCUUGAGGCCAUGCUUCAGAGGAGAGGGGUGUAUAAGAGCAUGGCUGACAAGGCAAAGGAAGAGAAUAACGACUCCAAAACUCGUAGGAUAGGUCGCAUUGUCAAGCAAUACGAGGAUGCCAUCAGAAAGCAAAAGUUAGGCAAGCCAGUUGAUCUGUCCGAGCUGCCUAGCCUUCCAACAUUCCCGCCCUUCCCAUCACAAGCUGGCGGUCAGGCUGCCCCAUCAGUAGCCCAAGCAGCUGCCCCAGUGGCACCCCCGGCAGCAGCAGCCCCUGUAGUAUCGGCUGCAGCAGGGGCUAGUUCCCCUCCUGCCAGGACAGCUGGACAAGCGACCCAACCAGCUGCUUCAAGACCUCCGGCACCUACAAGACAAAUGUCAGCUAAAGAGAACAUGUACCAGCGGAACGUAGCCAUCUUGAAAGACAGGAUAGCACAGUUUAGAAAGCUAGCAUUGGAAGCGAAAAGGAGGGGGGACAUAUACGAGGCUAAAAGAUUACUCAAGAUAUCUAAGGAAAUCGAGCCAAUGUUGACUGCUGCUGAAGGAGGCCUGCCUGUAAACCUUGACUCAAUACCGAAGCUUCCUCGCAAGGAGCCUGAAGCGGUCUCGCCUCCGACAUCACCGGAGCCGGACGGAGAUUUUGAGAUGGUUGCUGAUGGCAGUGCAGAGGAGGUCUAUAAAAGACUGAUAGCCACCUUGAAUAAACAAAUUGAGUUAUGUGAAGCGAAUGCAAAGGUGUAUGGGAAACUUGGCAAUAUCAAAUCAGCUAAGAGGUUUGAAGAAUUCAAAGAUUCAUGUCAACAAGACAUAGAUUUACUGAUCUCAAAGCAGUCUAGAGGGGAAACCAUCCCCAGGCACCAUUAUGAACAACGAACACUGCCCUCUGUCAGGGUUUGUCCAGAUGUUAAAGAAAACGAGGCUGAGAUAACCAUUGUACAGGGAUUGCAACUACAUUGCCCUAAUGAGAAAGAUUCAAAAGACAUUGACACCUACAUAAAGGCAGAAUUCCCAUACCCUUCAGAUGAUCCUCCCACCCACAAGACAGGCUGGGCGAAGGGAGCGGUUAAUCCUCAAUACAACUCAAGCUGCAUGGUAGAGAUCAACCGCGGCUCUAGGGCUUUCAACUCGGCUGUCAAAAGGAAAGCACUCAAACUGGAAAUCAUCUACAGCAAAGGCUUAUUACGAGGUCACAAGACGUUAGGCACUGCCAGCCUCAAACUUGCUGAAUUGGAGAACAAGUGCGAGCUUCAUGAAUCCAUACCGUUGAUGGAUGGAAGGAGAGAAAUUGGUGGAAAGAUAGAGGUCAAAAUCCGCCUUCACCACCCUCUGUCUGGACUAAAGGAAGAUUUUGUGAAGGAAAAAUGGCUUGUUGUUGACAGUGUUCAUAAGAAAACAAAGGUAUCCAGCCCUCCUGCUGCAGCUUCAAAGAAAACAUCAUCAUCAUCCUCAGCCAGUGGCAGUUCAUCUGGGAGUGGGCACAGAACGUCUGCUACUGAUAGCAUUGAAAUACUUAAGUGGGAGAUUGGAACGCUCAAGAAAAAGAUUGCUGACAUGCAAGCACACAAGCAGCAGGUCCCUAAUGAAUUUGCUAUGAGCUACAGAACACUUCAAGAGAGAUUACAGAAACUACAGAUAUUCUUGAAGGAAGGAGGGUCACAAGCUAGAAAUGCAUAUUUAACAAGGUUACAAGCCCUGUCACCAAGCUUGCUAGCCCAGGCCAAGGAAGCUCUCCAAGCAGGCCAGAAGGAGAAGGCUUCCAUGUUCAUGACCAGGAGGAAACUUGUUGAUGCAGAAAUUGCAUCGUUAUCAAGGAGAUAGGAGCUUUCAAUGUCAACCCAAGUGCCAUGCUUAGAUGAAAAAUAUGUAGAAGAUUGACAUGGAUACCUGUGAAACUCAGAGAGAGAGACCAGGAACCUGUGUGAUAAAUAGUUACAAUCAAUUAACUUUAACCAUUAUUGUGAUUCCCAUGGAUUCCUUGAUUGUGAUUUGCUGUUGAGCCUCGUUACCAUGGUAUUUGCCAUGAUGGCAAAUUAACAUAUUUGUAAGUUUUUAUGUAGCUGACCCCAGGACUCCAAAACACAAAGGCCCGAAUUCACAAAGGUGGUUUUGAAAACCCACAGUUGAAACCGUGGUUUCUGUAGAUUUCCUGUAUACAUCAAACAUAAUUUAGCGCGUAUCAGGCGUGUGUAUAAAAUUGCUGAUGCACACUUUUGUCACAGUGUGCCAAAUUAAUGCCUGUUACCAU